GACAUGUUUUGACGUUGGCAGCUGACAGCUGGUGGAAAAAUCUGGGAAAGUUUAUUACGACAAACACGGGGGGGGGAGCAAAAGAAAAACAUUCACCCCGAAACGAAAAACAUUUUUAGUGGACAAACUAACGACGUCGGAAGAAACUAAAAUUAUUCGCACUCUUUGCGAUUGUUGCCUUUUAGCUGAAGUAAACAAAACAGAGGAUUCUGUAAUGCACGAUUGAAGACGUAGAAAGACGUGCAACCGAGGACGACGACGACGACGGCGGAGUGUUGUUUUUAUUUGGGAGCUCAGCACACAAAAAUCCCAGCGUGGCUGCAACUCCACUGCUGCACGAAUGUGACUCACCGCUACGGAACACUUCCGGGAAAACUGGUACUGGUGCUGCUGCUUCAGAAAGGACUCUUUAGAAAAUUAAGGUAUCAAGCACAAUGAUCACACUGGCCCGCAAGAAGAAGGAAUCGGGUAAUGGAGGUGGAGCUGGCGGUAAUGGUGGUUCCACCGCGGGAAGCACUGGCGGUCCUAUGGCCGAUGCACCGAAACGGAUAUCGAUACGAGAGUUUCUGCUCGUGAAGGAAGUGCAAGAGCUGGAACAGAACCUUCCGACUACCUGCAAGGUGACGUUCCACGAUCCGAACGUACUGAGCGAGUUCACGCUGGUGAUCAGCCCGAACGAAGGUUUCUGGUGCGGCGGUCGGUUCAAGUUUAGCAUUCUCGUGCCGGAAGAGUACAACAUGGCGCCUCCAAAAGUAAAAUGUCUUACCAAACUAUGGCACCCGAACAUAUCCGUCGACGGUGAUAUCUGUCUGUCGUUGCUCCGGCUGAACUCGAUCGACGGUCUCGGGUGGGCCCCGACACGCCGUCUCAAGGAUGUCAUCUGGGGUCUUAACUCACUCUUCACCGACCUGCUAAACUUUGAUGAUCCGCUCAACAUCGAAGCGGCGGAACAGUAUUCCAAAGACAAGGAGCGCUUCCAGGCGAAGGUGCGCGAGUACGUGUCCGCAUACGCGAGAAGAUAAUAAUUCAAGAUGCUCGACCUUCCCUUCCCUUCCCUAACACCACCCUCAAGAGACUGUGACCCUGCCGUUCCUGCCUCCGGACUGGCCCUUCGGACAGAGGAAGAGAGCGAAAAACAUAAAGAGAGAGAGAGAGAGAGAGAGAGAGAGGGAGAAAGAAGAGGCCGCAUGUAACCACUUGAUAAUAGUAUGGCGCACUUCCCUUAAGGAAAAAGGCUUUACAAAGGCAUCAAUAUCAAUACACGUUAAGCCAAAAACGGGCCACUAAGAAGCACGACUGGACAGAAGCAUUGCCUGGCCAGAGGAUCAGACAUUAACAGGACGAGAAUAGUUAAAAUAUUAAUCCAGUAGACAACACACACACACAAUUAAAUUGCUCAACAACCAUCACUCAAGCAAAAAAGAACAUAUUUCUUUAUAAAAUAGAAUUUAACCACCCCGCAGCUCUUUCUGUCCCGCUCUCUUUCCGACACUCUCUUUCACUGGCCCAGCAAAGGUUAAAGGGCACCAGGAUUCAGAAUUGUAAUUAUAAUAAUAUACCGAUGUAAUACUGAUAAUCGAAUUUUCGCAUGUAAGUUUAGCAAUGUCUAGUAAAUAAAUAAAAUAAGAAAACAAACAAAGGUUUAAGCAAAAAAAA